AUGAACUGCUCUGAAGUGAACUGGUGUGAAGUGGACUGGUGUGAAGUGGACUGGUGUGAAGUGGACUGCUAUGAAGUGGACUGGUGUGAAGUGAACUGGUGUGAAGUGAACUGGUGUGAUGUGGACUGGUGUGAAGUGAACUGGUGUGAAGUGGACUCAUGUGAAGUGGACUGCUAUGAAGUGGACUGGUGUGAAGUGAACUGGUGUGAAGUGGACUGGUGUGAAGUGAACUGGUGUGAAGUGAACUGGUGUGAAGUGGACUGGUGUGAAGUGGACUGGUGUGAAGUGAACUGGUGUGAGGUGAACUGGUGUGAAGUGGACUGGUGUGAAGUGGACUGGUGUGAAGUGAACUGGUGUGAAGUGGACUGGUGUGAAGUGGACUGGUGUGAAGUGGACUGGUGUGAAGUGGACUGGUGUGAAGUGAACUGGUGUGAAGUGAACUGGUGUGAAGUGGACUGGUGUGAAGCGGACUGGUGUGAAGUGGACUGCUAUGAAGUGCUUAUGAACUCCUAUGAAGUGCUUAUGUAA